AUGUUCAAUUUAGAUGAGCUUGAAAUUGAUCCAGGAUUGAGGAUACCAAUUAACAAGAUUUGUUGUACUGACAAGCAAAAUGAGGAAGUUCAAAGAGCAUACUUGUUGAAAGGUCUUUGCCAACCUAAAGAUCAUAACUUUCUUUUCACUCUUUUUGGAGAUAAAAAGCGUAGGUUUACACUAGAGUGGUACAAAGAAGGUCCAAGUUGGAUGGAAUAUAAUGUGGCAAAAGAUUGCAUCUUUUGUUUAAAUUCUUAUCUUUUCAAAACUGAUUAUGGUGACCAAGCAGGUGGUGAAGUUUUUGUGAGUAAGGGAUUUAAUAAUUGGAAAGAUAAAGCGAAAGUGAAAAAACAUGUUGGAGAUCAUUCUAGUACUCAUAACCAAUGUCAUGCCAAGUGUGUUGAUUUGAUAAACCAAAGGCAACACAUCGAUGUAAAUCUUGCUUGCGUGUCGAAAAAGGCCAAAUUGGACUAUCGCAUUUGCUUGAAUACAUCAAUUGAUUGCAUUAGAUUUCUUUUACAUCAAGGAUUAGCAUUUCGUGGUCAUGACAAGUCGGUUGAAUCUGAAAAUCAAGAUAACUUUAUGGAACUAUUGAAGUUUCUAUCCAAUCAUAAUGACGACAUAAAAAAAGUUGUGUUGGAAAAUGCUCUGAAAAACCAUCAAAUGACGGCCCCCAACAUCCAAAGGGAAUUAACUAGUGUUUAUGCUCAUUUGACGACCAAGAAAAUUAUUGCAGAAAUUGUAAGAGAUAAACAAUUAUUCUCUUUACUGGUUGAUGAAUCUCGUGAUAUGGCAAUGAAAGAACAAAUGACUAUUGUUUUUCGCUAUGUGGACAAAAUAUGUUGUGUUAUUGAACGUUUUAUCAGGGUUGUACAUGUUAAGAAUACUUCUGCAAAGUCCUUGAAAAUUGCAAUAGAUGUUUUUUUUGUAAAGCAUGGAUUGAGUUUGAAAAGUUUAUGGGGGCGAGGUUAUGAUGGAGGAAGCAAUAUGAGAGUUUUGGAUAACAUUCAAGAACUCAAUAAUCGUUUUGAUGACGUAAAUAUGAGGUUGCUUCAAUGUAUGUCAUCUCUUGAUCCAAGUAACUCUUUUGUUGCAUUUAACAAAGAUAGAUUACUUGAAUUUGCAAAGUUCUAUCCUACCGAUUUUCCUCAACACGAUAUUUAG